UGCGUCACUCGGGCGCGCCGGAAGGCAAUUCGCUCGCGACGCUCGGAUAGAAGAAAAUGGCGGCGGCGAAGAAAAGCGUCCUCUCUUCUUUGGCCGUUUAUGCUGAGGAUUCCGAGCCCGAAUCCGAUAGUGAGGCCGGUGGAGCGGCCAGCGAGCGAGGAGCAGGGACGACGGAAGAAAAAGGAGGUCUGGUGUCAGAAGGCUACGGAGAGGAUGACUUCAGUAAAAUGGAGGGAGAGGAGGAUGGUUAUGAUGAUGAUGAAGAUGAAAAUAGUAGACAAUCGGAAGAUGACGAUUCAGAGACUGAAAAACCUGAGGCUGAUGACCUAAAGGACUUUUCAGAACUGGAGAAGAGAGAUCCCCAAGAACUAGUUGCUUCCUUCUCUGAGCGAGUAAGAAACAUGUCUCCUGAUGAGAUCAAAAUUCCUCCAGAACCCCCUGGCAGAUGUUCCAACCACUUACAGGACAAGAUACAAAAGCUGUACGAGAGGAAGAUAAAAGAGGGCAUGGACAUGAACUAUAUCAUUCAAAGGAAGAAAGAGUUCCGCAACCCAAGCAUCUAUGAGAAGUUGAUCCAGUUCUGUGCGAUUGAUGAACUUGGCACAAAUUACCCCAAGGACAUGUUUGAUCCUCAUGGGUGGUCUGAGGACUCCUAUUAUGAGGCACUAGCGAAAGCACAGAAAAUUGAAAUGGACAAGCUGGAAAAGGCCAAGAAGGAGCGAACUAAGAUUGAGUUUGUAACAGGCACUAAGAAAGGAACAACAAACGCUCCCUCUACAACCACCACAACAGCCAGCACUGCAGGUGGUGAUGCACAGAAGAGGAAAAGCAAGUGGGAUUCUGCCAUUCCCGUGACAACAAUAGCUCAACCCACCAUUCUCACUACUACUGCAACACUGCCAGCUGUGGUAACCGUCACAACCAGUGCAAGCGGCUCCAAAACAACAGUGAUCUCUGCAGUUGGCACCAUAGUGAAAAAGGCAAAGCAAUGACGAGUGCAGUGAAGAGACUGACUUUGAUUCAUGCCAAAAGCACCACUUGCAGAAGUCAGAGGGGUAGGAGAUACUCUCCUCCUGGUGCAAAAACGAAAGACUGUUUAAAAAAUGGACACACAAGAAGAGGAGGAGGUGGCUAUGCAUAAUCACAACAGAUAUCUAUGCGUGAAGAAGCUCUCUUUGUUGGAGGAGCUGCCCCUUACCGAGUUGCGUGCAAUGAAAUGUCAGUGUGUAAAUAUUAGUUCACUAAAUGUUGUAUUAUAAUUGUGACUGUCUUAGGAUCCUUUGAACUCUGUGAAAUGAGAACUUGAGCAAGAAACUACUGAAGUCAAUCAGUUGCACUGUGAACCAUUCAAUACUGAGUGACAUCUACUUGCUCUCGCUUCUCAUCUCUGCCUCCAGCAAUUACAGGCAGGGGUGCCUUAUUCAGUUUUCCUGCAGAUAAUUGUAAGAGUCAUAAAGAAUUGAUUGUAUAUAGGCUCACUUUCAUGCAAACCAUGAUAGAGACUUGUGUGGAUUGCCCUUAUGUCUCCCAUUUAGUUUCAGUCAUCUGGGGCUUGAAAGCCUGGACAUUUGAAACUGCAAAUCAACACUGAUGUUUAUGUCUAGCCGUUCGAGAACCAUUGCGCAUAAUUUGGACUCUACUGAGGAGAAGGAGCUUGUGGAACAGAAAGAAGCACCAAAUAGUUUCUACAGAUGUAAGCUGGUGCCAGAGCUCCUUUGCCCCCUUUAAAUGUCAGUGUGCAUGUUAGUGACAUAGGUACCAAACUGUAUAAUUGCAAUAAUGCUGCCAUUUUCACCAUUCUCAUGACAAAGAUGCUGUUGAUUUGUAUAAGCUUUCUUACCUGUGUAACUGAACUUUGGAAUAUAAAAACAUUU